UUUAGCUAAUGGACUGAGGACCUUUUUCGUCACAGAUUGAAGAUAACAUGUAGCUCGGACUGAGGGGGGGUUAAUGCUUUGUUCAAAUAAAUACUGUUUAGCCUCAGACUCACAGUCAACAGGUCUGCAAGCUAAAGAUACAUUUAAACAGGUGAAUCUUUGAUUUUGUAAUUUUUUAUUUAAAUUCUCUAUUUAAUGUUGUUUUUAAUCUUUUCAGGACCAAAAUUGAAUCAAAGCAGACCCAUCUUUUAAGAUGAAUACAUCAUCAUUUCCCUUUUGGGGGCUUUUACUGCUGCUGUCUCCAGUAAUGCCAAUGUGUUUACCCACUGACUUUACACUAUAUGUGGAGAAGCCCGAAUGCGACUACUGUGUGGCAGUCAACACCACCAUCUGCACAGGCUUUUGCUACUCAAGGGACAGCAACAUGAGGGACAUAUUUGGUCCCCGCUUCCUUAUCCAGAGAGGCUGUACAUAUGAUAAAGUGGAAUACCGCUCAGCUAUCCUGCCCGGCUGUCCCCUUGAGUCCAAUCCUGUUUUUACCUACCCCGUGGCUCUCAGCUGCCACUGUGGUGCCUGCAGGACUGACAGCGACGAGUGCACGCAUAGGGCCAGCACGGGUGGAGGGAGGUGCACCAAACCAGUUCGACUUCUCCACUCAUAUCCAGGCCAGAGCACCUACAUGAUCCUGUUUUGACUCUUUUGGUUCUCUUUUUCAAGUUGUUGUUCUUGGAAAAUUACAAUAACUUCUUGAGAAAUGACAGAAAAAACUUUUAACAGAGACUUGCAAUGUAUAUGCUUUUACAACUAUUUUUUUUUGUCUUAUGUGAAAAUCCAGCAAUUUAGCAUCUCGGAUGACCAUGUGAUGAAUUCUUAUAUCUUCUAUUCUCCUUUGAAUCCAACAUAAUUAAACAUGCAGCAUCAAAAUA